CGUCCGCACACCCACACCCACACCCUCACACCACCAAGUACCUACUCGUCUCUCACAACAUACAAUGGCUCGUACUAAGCAGACGGCUCGCAAGUCCACUGGUGGCAAGGCGCCGCGCAAGCAACUCGCAGCUAAGUCGCGCAAGACAGCAGCACCGACGGCAGCUGGUGGUGUCAAGAAGCCCCAUCGCUUCCGGCCGGGUACUGUCGCCCUUCGGGAGAUUCGUCGGUACCAGAAGUCGACCGAACUGCUCAUUCGCAAGCUCCCCUUCCAACGCCUUGUCCGCGAAAUCGCUCAAGAUUUCAAGACCGAUCUCCGCUUCCAAUCCUCAGCCGUUAUGGCUCUUCAGGAGGCUUCAGAAGCAUACCUCGUCUCACUAUUCGAGGACACCAACCUUGCCGCUAUCCACGCGAAGCGUGUCACCAUCCAGCCGAAGGACCUUGCACUUGCGCGCCGUCUCCGCGGCGAGCGGUCAUGAGCUUGAUGAUUGUAGCCCUGGGUUAGAAAUUUUGUAUCAUGGUGUACUCUUAGCUAGCGCAGUCUCAUUAUAAUACCCUUUCCGUUC